AAAGUUGUCAAAAGGAAUCUGCUAACUGCUGUCAUAUGAAAAAUCGGCAUUUUAGGAAUUUGGCGGAAAAUACCCUAAACUCAUUCUGCCACAAUUAUUCUUACAAAUAAUUGUUUUUGGUGGUAAUUACUAACAAAUUACAACACCAACAUGGAUGACCAAGCUUGUCCGCGGUGCAAAACAACAAAAUAUAGAAAUCCAUCACUGAAGUUGAUGGUAAACGUAUGUGGCCAUGCGUUAUGUGAAAGCUGUGUUGAUUUGCUGUUUUUGAAAGGAUCUGGUUCCUGCCCCGACUGCAAUGUACCACUCCGACGAAGCAAUUUCAGGGUCCAGCUUUUCGAAGACCCCAUGGUGGAAAAAGAAAUAGACAUUCGAAAACGGGUUCUCAAAGAUUACAACAAAAAAGAAGAGGACUUUGCAUCUUUACGUGAAUACAAUGACUAUUUAGAGGAGAUUGAAACAAUAGUAUACAAUCUAACAAAUAAUAUUGAUAUAGUGGGCACUAAUAAAAGAAUAGAACAGUACAAAAAGGAUAAUAAGGAAAUUAUUAUGAAGAAUAAAGCUAAAAUAGGUAGAGAAGAAGUAGAACUUGAAGAAAUAUUAGAAAUUGAGAAACAAAUGGAAGAACUACGGAGAGCGGAAAUCAACCGCUUAGAACAGGAAGCUAAGAAACAGAAGAUUAGAGAGAAGGAGGCCCUUAUUGAUGAACUCAUGUUUGCCGAGGGUGACGCCAAAGAUAUAUUAAAUACAUUUGCACAAAAUAAAGCUAGCAAGCAAGAGGAUGUUUUACCUGCACUACCAAAGGUAACACAAUUCUCAACGGGAGUAAAAUUCACGCGAGUUUCGGCACAGCAAGCACUGCCUCUUAUAGAAGAGGGUCCACUAUACAAGUACGAGCCUCCGGCCGUGUACGACCGCUGUGGGCCCGAGCCGCCUUCCAUCGAGGAUAUUGUCGGAUGCGGGUAUCUGAAGCAUGUCAGAGCCGAAAACGAAACCGAGAAGGCUGGCGGCUACAACUCAACCCUCCCAUGCCUGCGUGCCUUGCAGGACGCUCUGGCGGGCCUCUACCACGCCAGCUGACCAAGCGACCCGCGGACUGAUACUGUCAUUGUACUAGAUUGAAUGUGUUCAAUAGAUGGCGUUAGUGUAUUGUGAGGUUAGAUUAAAUUAAUGUUUGAAUACAAAUUGAAACCAGUUUUUUGUUUUGUGUGAGGAAGUUUCGUUUUAUUUUGUUUUUUAAGUUAAUGUCGUUAGGCAGACUUAUUUUACUUCUUUGAUAUGAUCGGGAGACAGGCAAAAAAUACUUUUUAAACAAUGCAAGUCUUUUUUUAAUUUAAGUGGGCAUUUUGCAGUGUGUUCUACACAGUUUUAGGUAAAGAAAGAAAUAAAUGUAACUAGCACUACACUAGCGCCUUUCCUAAUCUAGUGAGUAAAUGGGGAAACUUGUGUGUUUGACAUGCUUGUCAACAACGGCUUUAACAAUACAGUAUUGAGUGUGACUUAAAAUAUGAGUAAAAUAGAUAGUAUGGGUAUUAUAGAGUCAGCUACCUAAGUCCUAGUUGGUUUUAAAACUUAGGAUAUAUUUUUAACUAUAGCAGAUGAUUUUCGGUUCAUUUUUGUGAUGGCAACAACAUAUGUACAAUGUCUAUGUCAAUUGUCAUGAAAUGGCGCCAUCUCUUUUACUCGUAGAGAUUUUUGAUAUUAUUUAUCCUUUUCUAAAUGUAAACUGACUCUAUAGUUACCCUAGUUGCCAAUGUAAAUAAAUGUACAUAAGUUCGUUGUAACUUGUUUAGUUUUAAUACAUUGUCGGUUGUGUAAGUAUGUUGUUAAUUGCUGUUGUUUUGUGAUAAUAAAAAUGAGUGAUAAAUA